AUGGCUCCUGCUCAUCCGCUUGCGAAGUACUGGGCAGUACUAGUUGGAAUCAACUUUUACGGCGGUGCGGAAGACCUCGAGGGUUGCCUUCACCAUGUUUGGGCGAUGAAGCAGUACUUACAGACCGACAUUGCGGCUCUCACAGGCCAACCCGACCUCUCGCCGUCUGACCACUCGGACGUCGACGCCGGGAUCCCGUCAGGCACGAGUGAGGUUUCGCGCGUCCUGGCCGCAGCAAACGCCAAUGCGCUACGAGCCGAGGAUCAACGCCUGUGCUUGGAUGCGGGACUAGCACAUGGCGUUCACCCGAACGACGAGUAUGCCGUAUACCCGCUCGGCUCAGACUCUCAGAGGAUGUGUGACAAGGGCCUAGAUGCCACCAACCAGUCGGAUAUUGAUAUCUUGGCAACGGUUCGAGUCGAGAAUGUUGGCCCGCUUACGUCGGAGGUGGUCACAACUGGACAGGAGAGAACCAAACAGGGCCAUGCCGACUGUUGGAUAGCAAAGCCAUUGACUGCCCCCUCACGUCAAAAGGUAUCGGUGCGGCUCGCUGCCAGCGCCCACAAGCUCCUCAACCAUAUCCAACAGACUAGGGGCUCGGAUGGACAACGAUGGCUACGCCUAUGCAUAAAGGAUGAGCAGGAGGCAUGCAUGUUUAACCUUGCAGUCAACGACCGCCAGGAGUACGAAAUGCUCGACGGCACGCUGCCGAGAAUUCGCAGCCUGCCUACGGUGCCCAUCGACACCCCGGACGCAGAGCACCAUGACUUGGCUACGUUACAACACCUCGCCGAGUUCAAGUACGCCGAGGGUAUCGAGAACCGGCUCCCGAACUCCUCUCUUGAAGCUUCAUUCUCGCUCCUCUCCUCUGCAGACGGCAAGGCGCCCGACACUUCGGCAGUUCACGAUAUCGAACACGGCGGCAUAUGGCGCCUCGCUCUCGAGAACCACAGCGAGUCACCCUUGUACAUGGCCAUUUUUAACUUGGCCGCGUCCUGGAAGAUUUCUAAUCUUUUGUCGAGUGCGGGCGACAACGCCUUCCGGGUCAUGCAACCAAGAGGAGAGGAGGAGCUCAGGAUGGAAAUGAAGGUUCCCGACUGGCUUCAGCGCCUAGGCGGGUGGCAUUGCGAGGACGUGAUCAAGGUAUUCGUCACCUCCAAGCCCACGUCGUUUCCAUCGUUGAUUCCACCAGAAAUUGCCCUCCACGCACAGCAUCGCGGGGGCGUGUAUGGAAGUGGCGAUGCGCUCUCGAUUGCCCUCGCCUUGCUAAAGCUGGAUAAAAUGGCUAUAAAACCACUCGUAGCGAAAAUGACAAUGAUCAAUCUGGCUGUCAGGCUGCCGACAAGAUGGCAAACGACGACCGGGGCGAGGAGGAGAAUGGCGAUGAAUGGUGCAAGACGAAUUCGCACCACUCGUCCUAUCGAUGAUGGUGAGAAAACAUGCACGUUUGGGUCUCGAGAAGGCCGCCGACUCUCCGGUGUUUGA